UUCCUUUUCUGCAUUUUCUGGACAUCAGAAAACUUGAAGCUCUAUUAAAUCUAGCAGCAGCAAAGAGGCGGAUCCAUCACCCACUUCAGCACAGAAACCAGCCACUGUUGCUCAGGGAUGCCUCUGUUUCGGGCCCCUGGUGAGCGUGGGGCGAAGGCUCGGCACAGACGGAGGAAGACAAAGAAGAGGGAGUGGAUGGGGAGCUGUGGGAAGACAGAUGAGGAUGACUCUGUCCUCUCUUUGACACGGCUGUGUCUGCUGAGCCUGGCAGACAACAUGAAGGAAGUGUGGGUGAAAGACUAUGCUGACAACUACUUGGAUCAUUAUUCUUUCAGGCACAUCAUGGGGCCUUUCAACAUACUGCCGGGCAACCUGGUUGAAGAGCUGACGUGGCUGCUGUGCACCAGGAAGCAGUUGUCCAGAGCUGCCCUCCAUCUCCUGCUUGUGCCCCAGCUGCGAGGGCUGUCUCUGGAAAGGUGUCCUGGUCUUGUCACCUCCACCGUCUGUGGCUACAUUGCUGCACGUUGUCAGGCUCUGUACAGUCUGGACUUAUCUGGAGCCCAACAGCUACCUUCAAAAGUCCUGUCUGAAACCCUCCGCCAUCUACACGCCCUGCGUUCGCUUUCCCUGGCUGGUACGUCCUGUGACAGAUAUGUCAUCAGGACCAUUGCCCACCACUGCCCUUUGCUGCGCCAUCUAGAUGUAUCCUGCUGUCAAUAUCUUUCCCCUGCUGCACUGCUUCCUCUUGGAAGGGGGCCUUUCUGCUCCAUCUCUAGCAGUCCUUCACCUUUUCACUCCGUCUCUACAUCUAAAUCUACUAUUUGUCCUUCCUACUCUUACCCCUCUUCCUCCUUUUCCACACCUCUGUCUCCUCUGCCCCUCUGUAGUCUUCUUGCUCUUCAUAUUGGGUUUGGGGAGCAAGACGGAGACACUGUGGCGGCAGCAGCCUACCUCCUACUCUCCCUGCCCUGCCUGGAAAGAGUGGCCUUGGAGGGCCUCUCGCAGGCCUGCAGUGUCAUCCAGCAGCAACAGUUUGGACAGACGAAUGGGUUCACUGAUAGAGAAGGAGUUCCCAGGCUGGAUGAGGUGUGGAGGGAGAGGAGGUGCAGGCAGGGCAUGAAUGGUUGGAGGAAGAAGAUGGAAGGAGCAGUAGAUGAUGAGGAUGAAGAGGAGGAGAGCAUACUGUGGGAGAAGUGUGGUAGUGAGAGCGAGGAGGAUGCAAGUAGAGACAAAAGGCCAAGCUGUUCGCAGAACCAAGCAGAGGAAAAAAGGAGAAAAAGAGUUUUGUCACAAUCGGGUGAGGAACAUCUGACUCUGUUCCUGAGGGAUAUUAAGGGCUUAACUUGUGACUCUCUUGACAGUCUGGGCCAUUUAUGUCCAGACAUCUACUCCAUAUCUGUUAACGGUGAUGAUUAUGAGGACACUAGAGGAAGAAACCUGGGGUCUCUGUUAGCCGCAGGCCUCCACACCUGGUCAGGACAGCUGCAGAGCCUCUCAGUACACUGCCCAGGCCCUCUGGUGGAUCUCCUUCCUGCCUUGCAUGUUGCAGGCUCCUCCCUGGUCUCUCUCACCCUGGAGGGGGUGAAAACCAACCCUCACACCCCUCUACUGGAGGUCAUCCAGGCUUGCCCCAAACUCAGAGACCUGCUCAUCUCUGCUGAGCCUCCCACCAUGCCACAGGAAGAAGAGGAGGAGGAGGAUGCGCGGGAUAAUCGGGAUCUUCCACGCUUGCCUUACCUCUGCUCUCUCACACUCAAUUUCUCCUAUGAGCACAGCCAAAUGAAGCCUGUCAUGUCCUGGAUGUCUUUGAGGAGGACGCUCGGGUGUCUCCUGACUGGCUCUCCUUUACUGGAGAAGCUCUCAUUGGUGUCCUUGCCGUGCCCUCUGAACUGCGUUUUACAGGAUGUACUGCACAGAGUCGACUUGAAUCUGAAUCACUCUGCAGAUUCUACACACUUUCCUCCCAUGCCACUUGGGCGGGUACAACAUCUUUACCUGCCACGGACAGAUGUGAUGAUGAUAACAGUGAAAAGCAUAAUGCAACGGAGUAAGAGACUUAAGUAUGUAGAUGUGAGUUACUGCUGGCAAAUCAAUCAGCAGGAGUGGGUUGACAGCAAGAAGUUCAGAAAAGUCCAAAUUGUCUGGGUGUAGUGAAGAGACUGACAGAUUCUGAUACAGGAGCAACACUGUUAAAGGUGGAUAAUUUUUAAAUUAUUCAAAUAAAAAAACAGUGCAUCCUGUUUUGAGUCAGUUGUAUUAGUGUUUCAUAUUUUACGACUAUAACUUUCUGGCUGGUAUUGCGCUGACAGAUUGCACUAUGUCCUUAAAACUUCUGUCAAACAUUUGGGGCUUACACAGUGCCUUGAAUGAAUGGUAAUGUGUUUUAAAUUCAUCUUUUGACAACCAG